UCUUUGCCUAAUUCCCCACACGAUGGAACAAAUCUUUUCUUGACCAGCAUGGAUAUAUAAACCUUUUCAAGAUGGUUAAGAACUGUGGUGAAGACCCAAGUGGAAUGACAAGAGGGAGCAUCCACUUCUGCUGACGUCUAAUUUGUACGUUUGAAAGCAUGGUUUCCUGACAGAAGAGUGCAUUAUAUAUUUUAACAGCAUAUCUUUAUUAAAUGGGCCAUCAGUGGUGAUUUUGGAAAGAUGAGAAGGGACCUACUGCAGGGCAACUCAGUGAAGCUGAAAAUGUCUGCUAUUUCUGUUAUGCGUAUCCCAGUUAUGAGAGGGCUUUUGUGUGAUUUCUGAGCUUGGUGCUGUCAGCCUCAUGUGAACAAACUAAAACAAAAAGCAAGCUGAUUUUUUUGAAAACAAAAUGCCACGGAGAAGGAAAACUGGUGGGAGUCCUUCUCGGAAGAAUGGCAAUUCUGACAGACCUGCUGUUGCUGUAUCCCAAGGGGACCCAAGCUGCUCAGUAUCACCAGCGGUGCAUAGUGUCAAUAAGGAAGAGCUCUUCAACAGCAUGUCAGAAAUGUUUUCUGACCUAGAUCCUAGUGUGGUUUAUAUGGUUCUGUCUGAAUGUGAUUUUAAAGUAGAAAAUGCUAUGGAUUAUCUGCUGGAGCUGUCCACCCAUGCCAAAGGAGUAGCAUCUUCAAAAUCCUUGGCUUUUGGUUCAGUAGCAUCAUCACUAGCUCUUGUUAAUCAGCAAAGAUCUGUUGCAAAUGAAAGAAUGGAGGGAAGUAUUGCAGAACAAAGUAAUUCUGAAGAAGAAAAAAAAAAGGUCCUAUCACCUGAUGCACAGCUGACUGAAGAACUGGAUUCUUUAAUAGAAAAUGCCUUUCAGAGAUACAGCUUGAGUGAUGAAUUUCCUAAUUCUGCAAUUGACCAAAUAGUACAUAAGCACUCUGUGGAACAUGAUGGCUUUAGUGAAUUUCCUGAGUGGGAAAAAUCUGAUUCAGGUUGCGAUGUCCUACUUUUUCCACAGCAAACAGGGACAAAUAAUGAGGUUUGUAAAAACUUUGUCGGUUCUCAGCCACCAGUGGGUCAGCUGAGCGUCCAGACAAGCUCACCAGCUGUGUCAGACCCCUUAGCACAGAUACUGGAAUAUUCUGAUUUGUCAGAAACAGAUGUUCAACGUGAUGUAGUCAAUAAACAAUCGAAUGGAGAAAUAUCAUGUGGAAAUUCUGAACAGACACAAGAUACUGUUUUGGGUCAAAAAAGUGUGACUGCUGCUUCUGGUGAGUCAUCCCAAAGACCUCUGGAACUUGGAGUAGCUGCCACCGGAAAUCCUGAUUCAGGGUGCCUGGAACAGCGUGAAGAGGUAGUGACUGCCUUUAUCAGCCACCAGAGCGCUUCUCUUCCAGAGGCCUAUGUCUCUCUUGAAACAUCCAGUUUCAAAACACCCAAACCUGCAGAUUUUCAGCAAACUCAGCAGGGUUACAACUUAAAUUUUUCUACACCAUCAUGUCAACCUCAACAACACUGGAAUCUCAUGGCUCCCAUGUUUUAUCCAUCCAGUGGAAGUCACAGCUUUGUAACUCCUGUGGCUGUCUGUCCAGGGCAGUGGAGACCUGUUUCAGACUAUAGGACUUUGGAACAGGGACUUUUUUUUUCCUCUCCAGUGGUUUCAAAUGCCUGGGACAGCAACCCGUCUCUGAAGGUAUGGGGAAAUCAAGAUAGAAACACAAAAUUGAACCUCUCGCAAGCACAGCAGCCACCUGUUUGUCACAUGAUGAGAAAAAAGAUGCACCUUAUAGGUCAAGUACUUGUUCUUCUCAGAGGUGUUCCAGGAUCAGGAAAAUCAUAUUUGGCAAGGACUUUGCUUGAGGAUAACCCGGGUGGAAUAAUUCUUAGUACUGAUGAUUACUUUUAUAAACAUGGACAAUACCAUUAUGAUCCCGAUUGCUUAGGGGAAGCACAUGACUGGAACAGGAAGCGAGCCAAAGAAGCAUUUGAAAUGAGAAUCUCUCCUAUAAUAAUAGACAACACAAACAUACAAGCUUGGGAGAUGAAGCCUUAUGUUACUUUGGCUCAGCAGUUCAAAUACGAAGUCAUGUUCCGAGAACCAGACACUUGGUGGAAGUUUAAACCAAAAGAACUUGAAAGGCGAAAUGUUCAUGGUGUAUCUAAAGAAAAGAUCAAAAGGAUGUUGGAACAGUUUGAACGUUGCCUUACUGUUAGUUCAAUAUUGGAUUCUUCAGUCCCAGACAAAUCAGAAGCUGCUGGCUGGAGCGAAGAUUCUUGUCAGGAGGAAAGCCAUAGAAAGAGAGAGGCAUAUUCAGAUGUAAAGGAAGAAAAACCUUUUGCUUCUGAUGUGGAGCCUCUUGAAUUAGCUGAAGAUAAAACUUUUCCCAGUACUUCUCUAACAUUAGAAAGUAACUGUAAUCCUGAACAUUUUCAGGAAGAGGAAAAAGAAAUAGAAAAUAACUUGGGAGAACACAAUUCUGAGAACAGCACUGUUCAAGGUGACUUGGAUGUUUAUUUAUCAGACUGUGUAGAAAAAGAACUGCCCCUGGAGAAGAAAGAAGAAAAGGGAGAAAAAAUAGAAAAAAAUACUAAAGCAGAAAUGGAUGGGGUUGAUGUGACCACAGCUGAAGAGACUGUGUGUUUGCAUACAGGAGAAGCUGAGCAGCACAGCGAUAAUAACAUUCUCAAAGUUCAAACUGAAGUUGAACAAUCUGGUGAAAUAUGUACAGAACCAAAAUCAACACAAAGUAGUAAUGUAGUGGAACCAAGCAGUUCAGCUUUUGAUUCGUCAGGAAAACCAGAACUACUAAACUUUCUGGGUGACUGGCCUGUAGAGCAAACAAUGGGACAGAGAGUCAAAAGAGCUAGAAGACUCGAAAAAUCUUCUGUGAAGAGCAAUACAGAAGGUAUAACUCCCAGUCAGCAGCAUCCUGAGUUAGGUAAAGAGCAAGUAGGCCUGCCUGGAACCUGUUCCGUUGAGAAAGGAUAUAAGGAAGAAAAUCUAGCCUUUAGCUGUUCCUCUGUUAGUUCAGAUAAAGUCACACCAGAAUUACAAAUGAUAGGACAUUGGCCUGUCUCAGGCUCAUUAGAACAGAGACAACAGAGGUCAAGGAGAAUGAGAAAGACAAAUCUAAAUCAGUCCGAUGAAGGCAGAAAUACUGAAGGUGAUAUUAGUAGAAAUGCUCUUGAGACAGUAGAUGUGCUUCGUGGGACACCUGUGGACACUGCAGAGCAAAUGGAUACAAAAAGUUUGCACGUGCACCAACCUGAAACAGUAGCUAGUGAAACAGUAGGUGAGAAGAAAACCCAGCAAAAUAAGAGAAUGAGGAAACAUCACAAAUUAGCCCUCACUUUUACAAACAACAAUGUGCCCCAUCCCAAAGAAGAGGAACAUUUGCCUGUGCUUAACACAGCAGAAGAGAAAUGUGACGCGUGCUCAUGUAGACAAAAAAGUAGCCAUUCACAGACUGAAUCACAGGACUUUGCUCUCUUGUGGAGAUUAGAAAAGAAAAUGCUUUUUCCUGAGACUACCAAAGUAUUGCAUGGCAGACUAGAUGGCUUCAAACCCAAAGAUGUAGACAGUGCCUCAGAUUCUCAGGUGAAAAUACCCUAUCGAGUUAUGUAUGAUAAAAGUACAUUUGUGGAAGAAAGCGAACUUACAAAUAUUGAUGAGUCUGAAAAGCUAAAUAUGCUAUGUAAGCUCUUUGAGUCUGUUUCAUCUGAAGCUCUGAAAGAUCUGUAUGAAAGAUGUAACAAAGACAUCGAUUGGGCCACAGGUCUGCUGUUAGACUCUGAUGAAAAGUUGUGCCAAGAUGUUGACGCUGAAUGCUUUCAAGUAAGAGAAGCUGAGCCAGUUGUUGUAGACCUUGAUUUCAAGGCAAGUACAAACUAUGGUGAGAAUCUCAAAGACUGUGAACAAACACCGCAAAUAAUUGGGGCUGGUGAUAUCUCUGAGCCUUCAGAAGACAAGAACUCAUCACUCGCCAUUGCAGAAAGUAGGGCUACGAAGGUAAUCGCGACAGAUGCUGAUGUGUCUGACUUACUGACUGCUACCUCAUUGAACGACUCAGCAGAACUGAAAAAUUCUGGAGAUGUAGCCCCUAGAACUGACACAGGCAGCUCAGCAACAGGUAUCGUAGAGCCAUCCAUUUCAGGAAAGCAGAAGGUAGAGUCUGAGAGUCCUGUUGAAGAAACUAUAAAGAAGCCAUCAGUCUCACAACUUGAUGCAGGUUUAAGUAUACCCAUGACUUUGCCUCAUGGUCCUAACGCAACUUCUACCGAUUUGAAAUUUGAAUUAAAUAACGGAAGUGACAGUAACCCUUCAGAAAGCAAUGCAGAAAGUUCCAAAGUGACUGCUUCGUUACUGGAAGUGGAUCGUGUGCUUUUGGUGGGUCCUAGGAGUAAUAAAGAACUGGAGACAGAUAAAGAAACCCAGGGGAGUUCCAGGGAGAUAGGUGGUGAAGAAGAAAUUGAAACUAAAGCCAAGAUACAAAGCCCUGUACCAGCAUCACGUGCAGCCUUCAAUAUAGAUUGCCUAGAACUAACAUUACCUCCUGAACUGGCACUCCAAUUGAAAGAAAUAUUUGGGCCUGUUGGCAUUGAUGCAGGAUCACUAACUGUUGAGGAUUGUGUGGUUCAUAUUGAUCUGAAUUUGGCAAGAGUGAUUCAUGAAAAAUGGAAAGAAUCUAUUCUGAAGCGUCAGAGGAGAGAUGAAUCAUAUAAGUUGUCUGCAGGAGGUCCUCCUGUGAUUCAGCAGAUAGCUACAGAUGACUCAGAAAUGCUGUUAUCUCAGAAUGCAGACAGUAAAAUACAGAAGAACAGUAUGAGCUGGGUUUCAGGCUCAUCUAAUGACACACAGACUAAAAAACCAGCAACAUCAGAUGUUUUUCCUUUUAUGGAUCACUGGAAUGCUCAGAUUCAGAAAGUUUCUCUCAGACAAAUAAUUUCUGAAGAAAUAGCUAUGCAGGAGAAACAGGACCUGAAUCGUGUUCCUCCUAUGGCUAGAAAAGACUGUGCCGCUAAAUUAAAGGAGAAGCAACUUUUUGAAAUGUUUCCAACUAUCAGUCAAACUUUCUUAAUGGAUGUCUUCAAGGACAACAACUACUCUUUAGAACAAACUGAACAGUUUCUGAACUGUGUUCUGGAGGCAGAUCCUGUAAAAACAGUUAUAGCCCAAGAAAGUGUUCAGCAAAAUGAAAUUGUUUCUUCCUACAAUGCUGCAAAGAACCGGGAGAAGAAGGCAAAAAAAAGCAAGGAAGAGGAUGAUCCUUUGAGUGAAGUAUUUCAAGAAUUCGAGUAUCCACAAUAUGAUGAUUUAAGAGCAGAAGCUUUUUGUCACCAGCAAAAGAGACAGGAAUGUUUGAAAAAGGCUGGGGAGGCCUAUCGCAUGGGUAUGAAGCCUGUGGCAGAAUUUUAUGCACAUCAGGGUCGCCUUCACAAGCAGAAGAUGAAAGAAGCCAACCAUGCUGCUGCUGUGCAAAUCUUUGAGAGAGUAAAUACUUCCUUGCUGCCUAUGAAUGUGUUGGACCUGCAUGGUCUCCAUGUGGAUGAAGCUGUAAAUCAGUUAUCCCGAGUGCUGCAGGAAAAAAGCAAAGAGUACCAGCAGACUGGUGGUAAACCAUAUCUCUGUGUUAUCACGGGAAGAGGAAGCCAUAGUCAGGGAGGAGUUGCUCGCAUCAGACCAGCAGCUAUCAGAUACCUCACAAGCCACAACUUCAGGUUCACAGAAAUAAAACCAGGCUGCCUGAAAGUCAUGCUGAAUUGAAAGGUUGACGAGAAGAGGAAUAUAGAAACUGAGGUGUCAGAUUACAGCUAAAAACUUUUUGAACAACUGCAGUAGUAUUUUGUAAUCUGGUUUAAAGGAUGAUAUUUUAUUAGGAAUGGUCUCAAUUUACAGUAAGAGGUUUUGUCAAUAUGUUUCCAAGAAGAUUUUUGUGUGGAGUGGAACCUUUUUUGAACCUGCAAAAAGACGACACUUACAGGAUUUGAAGUCUCAGAAGUGCAGAUUAUGAAUUCUGCUAAGCAGCAUAUGAUGUUUUAAAGGGAAAUUAAGGUACAAUUUUUAAAUAUAACUGUCUUUUCAACAUACCCAGUCUAUGUCUUUUGACCCUCACGCAUUUUAAUUGCUGCGGAUUCUGUGUUUUUAAAACAGUAUCUUGUACAAAGUUAUUUUGUGAUUCAGAACUUUGUGCUAAACCCUUCAGAAGAGCACCGGGGAGGUGGGAACUCAGCAACUACUGAUACUUCAAAUCCAGUUACAGCUGAGUGCUAAAUAUUUCCAGGUUUCAUCAAAAGUCUGAUGUAGUCUUUUUAUUGAUAACUUUGUGAUGGGUUGACCAGUUCUAUUGUCCUUAUUCCAUUUUAAACUUCCCCUGAUAAUGAUGGAAGUUGCAUAUAAAGGACUGUGCAUUAAGGGCAGCUGUAUUUGAUAAUUUUGCAGACUUACUGUGAUCUAUUAAAGCGACAAAUACAACAUUGUAGUUCAAUCUCUGCUUACACAUAGCUAAUACUGUAAUUUUGCAGGAAACGCCCUUUUUUCAACAUCUACUGGAUUAAAAGUGUUUCUUCCUUUAUGGCUUUUUAAAUGGAGCAAAUUGAGUACUGUUUCACUUUACAGGUGUCUAAUAGUGAUGUGUUUUCAUUCUGUGUAUAUUAAAUUUGGUGAUUUCCUUGUAGAAAAUGUGAUUGUCUGUGAGAAAUUUUAAAUGUAUUUUUAACAUCAAAGUGAACACUAAUACUACAGUAGUAAUUGCCGAACUGGAAAAUCUGGGAGUGCAAAAGUUACUCUGUUGUUGGUGGUGUUGCAUCAGCAUCUAGGAAGACUUGUGUAAAACACCAAAAACAACAACAAAAAAAGUCCCAAACACACACCCACACACCUCCCAAUUAAAUAUAAACAUCUGUACUUUGGCAAGUGUUUCCAGUAAGCAAUCAAAACUUUUUUUAAUAGAAAUAUAUUCUAGAAUGCAUUGCAAUUUUUAAUUACAUCUUUACCUCUUGAAAGGCAUACAAACUUUUUACUACAAACCAUUUAAAUUUUGUUGUAAGGCUUUUUCAGAACACGUAUGAGUUGUGUAUUAGGAAUAAUGUUAAUACGUUAAGGAUUAAUGGGAGGGUUUUUUUCAUUUUAAACCACUUUUGCAAUAAAGUUUAUCCAGGAACUACAUGCACAUAGAAUUUGUGUCUGAAUCCAUGUGUGCAGAUUCUGCACAGACAUAGGUUUCACUUGAAAACAUGUCUAAGUUGCUGACAAACUGAAAGAUGUGAUGCUUCCUGAAUACCCAUAUUUACUGUAAUAUAUACACAGCGAAUGCAGUGUAUGAUAGACUGAAAAAUGAGUUUGUCAUGCUUCAACAGAUACAGUAAUCUUUUCAUGGUGAUUUCAAGUGGAAGAAUAGCUUGAAUAAUAUUUAAUCAAAGGGACUCUUACUGGAAUAAUAGACUGUCAUAAUAAGUUUUAUAUUUUCUGUGGGUGCUUAGUUCAUCUGAAUUAUGUCCCUUCUCUCCUUCCUUCUCUGAGCUGCUCUGGUAACCAGUGAGUGAAAUACAAAAGGUCUGUGCUCCCCAAACAGCACUAGCAGAGCUGUUUCUGCCACUGCACGAUGUCCUGUGCAGUGAAGCCCAUGCUCCAUCCUCUGCAAACAGUGCCUAAAAUGGACUGAGAUGUCAUUUAGGGACUUGAAAUCUAGAGAGCAGUUCAGACUGUCAGCUGUCCAAGGCUGCAGGUGCUAGGGUUGCCUCAGUGGAGCUAGGAUCUUUCUUUUUGGACUAAGGAACUUCCUUCUGCUCCUGAACAGGUUGUGCUUAGUGCUACUGUUUAUAACGAAUGGAGCUCUUUAAAGCAUAGUCCCUGUUGGUUGGCCCGGGUGGCUGAGUUGCCCAGCAAAGGUCCCAGUGUCUGCUCAGAAGUGUUGCGUGUUGAGCUACUGGGUGCUCAAGCCCUACAACCAUGUGCUUGUGAACAGGGAGGUGCCAGCGCUUCUGGUUGUUUUGAGAGGGGGCUUGAUUCACUCAGCAUGUUCACACAAUUCCCACAUGGACAAAGACAGCUUAGAUUUCAGUUCAAAAGACAAGCAGAAAAAGUUGUUGUCUUGCCCAUCUGUUCAUCAUAAUGUAGUUGUUGACAAGCUUACCCUGGAGAUGAGAAACGCAGCUUUUUACCUUCUUCUGGCCUAGCAAAGGGACGAUUGUGCUUGACUCUCACUUCCCCAGAAAAUGCUCUAACUAGUGUGCUCAAGAGUAUUCUUGAAAUCGCCACUUCCUGAGCCUCUUUCAAACUUGCCACUGCAAUCUAAAAAUGGAAGAUCAAGGGGACAAAAGAGAUUAAAGAAUAGGAAGUGCAUAAACAGUCUUUGGAAGAGGGCUAGGACUCUUCAGAAAAGGAGCUGUUCCCCCUGAGCUUCAAUAUCCCUCCAUGUUACUUUUUUUGUCUAUUAGUCCUAUUUGGAUAAAUGCAUAAAAAAUGUUUAGGACAAAACCUCAGCUCCACCCCUUGCUAGGAGAGUUUUUCUCUGGUCUGUCAAAGUCAGCAGAGGAGUACAUAGUUUAAGAGCAAUUUAGAGUACUUCUCUCUGUCUCUCUCCCUCUCUCCAUUGCCCCUUUGGGUACAGGUUGAGGUUGACUAAGGUACUCGGCAUACCCCAGAAUACCCUGUCUGGUUAUAGGCUGAUCAUUUGCCUAGUGUAAAUUGUUUGAUUGCAGGCUGAACUUUGAUGGAAGAUGAUAGUUUAAAAUCGUAACACGGGCAGAACCGGUCUUGCCUAUGUUGAGGUUAGUGACAGAGCCUCCCAUCAGCUUCAGCAGCUCAGGGCGAGGCAUUGCAGUUCCAACUUGGAGAAAAUAUGAUGAGCUCAGCCUUUUUCUUCCGUAGGAGCUCAAGCAUGUGCUUAGGAGCUGUGCUGAGCUGGAUACAAAAUGGAGCAGAAGGUCAGUGCAGAGAGAGAAGGAAAGUAGCCUUUUAUUAAUAAGAUGUCCAUGCCUUCAGCUACUUGCCAAACUGUCCAGAAAGAAAUCACUGGACUACUUGUAUUUCUUCGACUGGUUUUAGAAGGUAUAGUGGGAUGAAUUAUACCAAAUAGAAUUGUUUCAAAAUGGUAUUUCAAAGUAGGUUACAUUUUAGAACUUCCAGCUUACAGUUACAUCAGUGAGAAUGCUGAGGUAUCGUGUAAAUUCUUAUCAUCUUAUGCUUUUGAUUACAGUAGCACGUAGCAGUAUUGCCACCAGCACUCUAAAAUAAUGUGCGACUGUUAAAAUACCUAUUUUGUGUACCACUUUUUAUUCUAUUCAACAGCAUGUGGUUGUGAUGACUGGUAGCCUUUAAGAUGUGACUUUUGGUUGCUUUUUUACACAACAUUUUAAUAUUUAUCUCAAUUUUUAAUUUAGGAAAAUUAUCUUUUUUAAUACAAAAUGUAAUGCCUUGUGCUAGCAUUUAUGAGUAAUCUUACAGUAAAGAAAAAAAAAGGCCCAGAUGUGCAAUGAAGAAAGUUGUUCUCCUAAGUAGUGUGUUUAAAAAUAUAUUUCAGUUGAUUUUGAAAGUAGUAGGGCAAAAGUGACUUUUUUAAAAAAAUAUUUCAAGAUACCUUGAUAAUACUUUAAUGUCUUUGACUUUUGCUUUUAAUAUGUGGUACAAUUUUAUUUAAACAUGUUUUUCUAGGCCUACUGAAGGUCACCUCAGGCAAAGUUUUACUGGCAUUUUUUGUGGCUGUUGGAAACCAUUGUGACUUGGGAAUCCCCAUUUAAACAAUGUCCAGAUGCUCUAGUCAUAACCUAGAGCAUGACUAGAACUAGAUCAUCUGGAACAUCAGUGUUGUGAAUAUAUACAGCGUCAGGGAAGAUCUUUACAGAAGAUGCUUAGCAGAACAUGGAUUCUAGGUUUUACCUGAGGAGGUGAAAUGUAAGCAAUUUGUUGUUUAAUCUUGCCACAAAAUGUGGUGGGGUAGACAAGAGAAUAAUUUCAUUGCUGAUAAUGGCAAAGAAGGAUCAUCAUAAAUGUAAUAUGAGAAAUCAUACAUAUACUUUACGUUACUGGUGCUUAUGUCUUCAAAUGCAGUUCACAUUUCCGGAAUAAUAUUGCCCUCUUUGCAGAGCUGAGGAGGUGGAGUAUGAACACUGUAACAAAGAAGAGUUCAUUGACCUACCACAAUUCCCAAGUAUCAUGCUCUCGUAAAAAAACCAAAAACAAAACCACCACAGAACACAAAACCCAACCAAAGCCCAACUGUUCAUGCUAUUUCAGCUAAAUAAACUGUGCAGAGGAUUAAAUGACUUGUAUGUGGAUACGCAUGUGAAAAGACCUAGUAUUGCAGCUACCAGUUGUAAAAGCUGUUAGGACCAGUACAUUGGAAGAUAUCAAUGUCUAUUUUUAAAUUAAAAUAAAAAAAAGAUUUU